AUGGCGCAUCGAGUUCCAGGAGUAAGGAAGGUCGGAAGACCACCAAAAAAGCACAGAGUCGCCAACCCAAAGAACUCUCAGUUUGGUUUCCACAAAAAGAAACAGUCUAACUCGAAGCAGAUCAAGCCGCAAGUAAUCUCGAUUCGCCGAUUCAGAGAGAUCUUCGGCUAUUCAGACGACGAGGACGAGGAGUUUUAUGGGUUUCGUUCUGAGGAUUUAGGGCUGGUUGCAUACAAGAAAAUAUCUUCUCCAACUCGUUUAAAUCCAGGAACUUUUGGCACCAAAAGAAAACAUGGCGUCCUGUCGAUACAUWCAAGUACGUCACGACAAUCGCCUGAAAAACAGCUAUCUAAUGCCRCUUCUCUUAAUGAUAGUGCACACAAAGAAAAAACAAAGACUGCUGCUUCUAAUGGUGAAAAUAUCUAUGCCAAACAGUAUCGUAAAAGGGAUAGUUAUGAGAGGAAACAUUCCCCCAUUAAACAGCCAGUGCAACGAACAGAAGCAUCACCUAAGCUGAAAUCUACAUCUCAAGUAAAGUUUAAUUUUGCUCCUCGGGGAGUAACACAAACUGCUGAUAUYAACCGAACUGAAGAUGUAAUUGAUCCCAACAAUAAACCUGUCGUGGUACCUCAAUCUAAACGAAAACCACAGACAGUUGCUCAGAUGUUGUUAGCUAAAGCAAAAGGUGGACUAUCACUAAAAAUACGAAAACAACAGCAAGUUAUUACUAUAAAACCUCCUUCUCAAUCCGUAGAAACAAGAGAAAUYCUUAGRGAAAAACCUAAAAUUGACACUGAUGAUAAGUCUCAAGUAAGAUCGAGGUCAGGGCGAGUGGUAAAAGCAAAGAAGAGAGAUUAUGAUGACUUGAUUACAUCUCCACGAAUCGAACCAAAGAAAGGACCCGAACAGAAAAAUAACAAUGCAGUAAAAAGAAGUUUGGAGGAUGGUGAAAUGCCAGUUCCGAAAGUCCAACGUGUUGACGAAUCAAUAAAAAAGAACGCUGAUGAAAAUAAAGGCAUUAAAUCUCAGGAUGCUCAUUUUAUCAAGACAAAACCAAUAGUCCUUUUGAAACCUCUGAAAAAAGCAACAAGAACAUUAAAAAUAUCACAUGCAAAAUCUCUGAAAGGCUCCCUUUCAUCUAAYCCUGGAGUCCAAAAYGAGCAAAUAUCAAAAGAAGGUACUAAAAAGAAGGUUMCUAAAAGAAAGACACCCAAAGGUGAAAAUAAAGAGAGUGACAAAAAUGAUUCGGAUAACCAACCAAAGACAGCUUUCWAGUCAAAAAGACUUCAGCAGCAAAAAGAAGAGAAUGAGAAACAAAAAGCAUUGAAAGCAGAGAGUYAAACUGUUGAAGAAGACAAUGAAAAGAUGGCAGACAAGACUGGUACUAAGGAAGAAACUGAAAUUGAAAGCUCCUCAAGUAAUGAGAGUGAGAGUUCUUCAGCUAGUGAAGAAAGCGAAGAAGAYAGUAUCAGUGGAGAUGAGUGGAAACCAUUACAGAGGCAAAGUGACUCCAGUGAUGUGAAAUCAAGACGUUUAACAAGGAAGAAAGAUUCUAAAGAGCCUAUUGAUAAAACUGAAACUGAAUCUACAGAUGAUGAGGAAAGUAACAAACCUCUUGCUUUGGUCAAGAAAGAACUGAAAGAAAGCCCUGAGAAAGUUGUGACAAAGGUGAUUAGAGUCGUGAGAAAAGUAAAGAUGAAAAAUGGUGAAAUCAAGAAAAAACUGGUUAAAGUUAUUAAAAAGAUUAAGAAAGUUAACAAUGGAGAAGGCUGUCCCAAAGUCCCUGGAAUGAGAAGAACAAGAUGCAGGAAGUGUCCUGGCUGUUUGGUUGAUGAUGACUGUGGAGAAUGUGUCUURUGCAUAGAUAAACCAAAGUUUGGUGGAACAGGAACCAUGAAACAAGCAUGCAAGAUGCGUAGAUGCGUCAACCCUCAGCUUCCCAAAGCAUUUUCAAAACGAAACAAGAAAGAUAUCAAAAAUACACCAAAACCAAAGAAUGAAAAACCUGUCAAAAAGCAAAAGAAGUCAACUGAAAAGUCUCCACAAAAGAAGCCCACUAAAAAUGCUCAAGAAAAAUCAAAAAAAUUGGUUUCAAAGAAGAAGAAGCAACUCCAGAUAAAAGCCAAACAUACAAAGAAACAAAAACCUUCUGUCAAGGAAACUGAGUCUUCUGAGAGUGCACCACCUCUUGAGAAUCCUAUUUUUCCAUUAAGACAAAAACAGCAACAAGUUCCCGAUUCGAGUCCAUUGGUAAAGUUGCCAUGGAGUGACAAUGCCUCUGAAGAAACAAUAUGGAAGGAAGGUUUUGGGGUUUGCUUUACUACUGGCAUUCCUAAUGCUCUACAAGAAAGCUGCUAUCUCUGUGGAAGUACUGGAAGAGAGAAGAUGUUUUACUGUAAAGUUUGUGCUGAACCAUUUCAUGGUUUCUGUCUGGAUGAGGAACCCAUUGACAGUAGUACAUGGUGCUGUGACAACUGCAGUACUUGUGUUGUUUGUGGUCUUCAAGAUAAACUUCUGAUGUGUGAUGUAUGUCAACGAGGCUAUCAUGUCGAAUGCCUUGGACCAAAUUAUCCCACAGAGCCAGAAGGUGAUGAUGACACAUGGAUUUGUGGGAGAUGUGUUAGAUGUAAAAGGUGUGGAAGCAGAAGUGCAGGCGAUGGCCCAGAUGCAACAUGGAUGCUAGACUUCACACAUUGCUACAGUUGUGGAACUAACUGGGAACAAGGAAACUACUGUCCAAUAUGUGAGAAGUGUUACUCGGACAAUGACUUUGACUCCAAGAUGAUGCAGUGUGCAAAAUGUGAACAUUGGGUUCAUGCUAAUUGUCAAGACAUCAAUGCUGACCAGUACGAGUGUCUCUCAGAUUUACCUGAAACUAUUCCUUUUGUUUGUAAACUUUGCUGUAAUGAAGACAAUCCAAAAUGGCUGCAAGAACUUAAUGAUGAAAUGUUGGCAGGUUUUAUAAGGGUUUUGGAUGAAAUUGUGAAAAGUAAAUCAUAUCAACCACUUGUGAAGUUCUUUGAACAAAUUCAUGUAGACAAUGGGCACCCCAAGGAUAUGGAAGCCAUUAGAGAAAAGGCAAACCAAAAUAAGUACAAAUUUGUGAAAGAGUUUUCCAUCGAUGUUCAAGCAAUAUUCAAUAAGAUUCUUAAAAAUGAAGAAUUAAAAGCUGACCUUCAACUUAUCAAGCAUCACUAUACUGUUUUCAGUGUGUUUCAAACUGAAAUGAGGAGCAUGUUUCCAUGGCAUGUAAUUGAACCAAUCAAUGACAAACCAUUAGAGCAAGUCCAAGAAGUCAAACCUUGUCCAGUGAAGAUCAAUGGAGUUAUUGGCAAACCAAUAGAAUUUACAGCAUGGGACCACUCAUACUGUCUACCGCCCUCUGAGGCUACUACCAAAUCUCUACAAUCCACUACAGACACCAAAACCCAUGAGAUGAAAGGUGAAUCUCCACAAAACACUACAAAUUUGAAAGCAAUGCCAUUUUCUAAGGAUACAGACACUCUUUCACCCACUAAGACUUGCAACUCUGUACCACCCUCUAAGGACAUGGACUCACUACCUCCCCCAGAGGAUAUAGAUUGUAAUUCUCAAAGCAAGGAUAAAGAUUCUGUCAUUUCUCUAAAGAAAGCGAAUUCAGGAUUUAUUGAUGAUGAUAAAGAAAGAAAUGAGAAAUCUCCUGAGAAAAUGGAAGUGGAUGAACAGAAAAUCCCACAGGAAGAGAACAAUGGUGUAAAAUCUGAAAGUGAAGCACUGGAAGGAACAUCAGAGAAAAUAUCAACAAAAACAACUAAACUGACUGUCAAUGAAGAAGCAGAAAGAGCUGGAAAUGCCAGCCCUAAACCAGUCAUCUCAAAAGUGAAUCCAAAAUCUAAUUUUUCAAAGACUUCAAAAUCUAAGAAAGGGAACCACAACAAUAGUUUGAGCUUAGAAGGGAAAACAGUCAAGAGAGAUCCCCAGUUUACAGAUUCCAAUGAGGAACUGGGCUUAAAGAGAGUUUUGGAUACACGGAAGUGUCAGUUAUGUUGUUGCUAUGGUGAUGACAAGCCGUCAAUGGCUGGAAGGUUGUUGUACUGUGGGCUUGAUGAGUGGGUCCAUGUCAAUUGUGGUUUGUGGUCAGCUGAGGUCUUUGAAGAUGAUGAUAAAUUGCAAAAUGUACAAGCGGCCAUCACUCGAGGAAAACAAAUGAGAUGUGAAUACUGCUUUGAGGCUGGUGCAACUGUUGGAUGUUGUGAACCAAGAUGUCCUAUGAACUACCACUUCAUGUGUGCUAGGAAUUCAAAGAGUGCCUUUCAAGAUGACAAGAAGGUCUACUGCCAUCAACACUCAUUCAGAGCAAAUGAAGAGCUUAUCAUGGAAGGCGAUCAGUUCCGUGUUGACAGGCGUGUCUUUGUGGACUUGAGUAAAGUCCGCACGAUAAAGAAAGGUUUAAAGGGUGCUGAACCAGAUAGCAUUCAACUUAUACAAGGAUCAAUGAAAAUCGAGUCUUUGGGAAAACUGACUGCAUCUUCAGACCACAAAGACGGCAUCUUUCCAAUUGGAUUUAAGGUGAGUCGUUUGUAUUGGAGUACACUGGAUCCAAGGCGUCGUUGUCGAUAUUAUUGUACUAUAGCCGAGAAACCAAGAGACACAGUUGUUAAGUCAUGUGCUGAGGAAACGCAAGAAAUGACAACAGCUGAAGACACAAUACAUCGAGUGAUUGUACAUGAUGAUUUGGAGAGGAAUAAAACACUUGACUUGAGUUGUAAAGAAUCGUCAAAAGAAAUUCUAAAUGCAUCAUAUAAGGAACUAGAAACUUCAAGAACAAAUGCAACAAAGGACCUAAAGGGACCAUGUAGUCCCACUAAAGAGUGUAAGGGUCCUAUUAGUCCUUCAAAAGGCUGUAAGGGGCCUGUUGGUUCAACCAAGGACUGCAUGGGAGCAUUUAAUAACACUGGUUCCUCUACGGACUGUAAGGGACGUGUAAGUCCCACUAAAGACUACAAGGGGCCUAGUAGUCCCAAAAAGGACCAAAAGGGACCAGCUGGUCCCACAGCGAUAGGAACAAGUUCGAAUAAUAGUUGUACUAAAGACAAAAAUAAUGAAAUAUCAAGAAUAUUAUCUGGAUAUAAACAAAUCUUGCCAAUAUCUUCUCGACCUCCACCUUUAUUACCAGCGUACAGAGCAAACAACUUCCCACGAAAGAUCCUUCCGAAUAUACAAAAUCCACUACUACUGUCGGGAAUUCGCAACUCAGUGCAGCUUCCUCCAAUGCUCUCUAGUCCGUUAAUAUCACAAGUUAUGUCACCUCAACGUCGGAAAGCAGAACCUCUUUCUCCGGGAAUUUCUGGACUACCUAAACCCAAGAAACUUCGCAAAAUGUCUACAAUCAAUGAAGAAAUUGAAAAACAACCAGAAGAGGUCAAAGAAGCAGUUUCAAGCAAUAAUAUGGACAAGUUUACGUCUCCUAAGAAAGACAAAUGUGUAGAGAAAUCUAACAAUAUUUGUAGUAAACUAAAUACAAACAUUCCUUGUAAAAAGUCAGUGGAAAAAACUGUAAAGAAAACAGAAGAACCUACAGUCAACAAAGUUAAACAAGACAACUCAUUGAAAGUUAAAUUUAUUAUUACUAGUGAUGAUGGUCUGAAGAUUGAGUCUGAUUCUUAUAAAGCUGCAUGGAAAAAGAUCUACGAUAUGGUUCGUGAAGCUCGAGCAGACAGACUUCUUGCUGAUGUACCAUUCAUAGGUCUGUAUAAUGUUUCCAUGAUGGGACUUAAGCAGGAAUCUGUUGUGUAUAUGCUUGAACAACUGCCAGGAGCUCACCAACUGAAAGUAUACAAGUUUAAAUACCACAAACCGUGCGACAAAAGCGUUAAUGGCGAACAAGUGGAGGAGUUGAAAGAAAACCCUUCAGGAUGUUGCAGAACUGAGCCAUAUAAGCGAACAAAGAAGUAUGACAUGUUUGCGUUCUUGUGUUCUGUCUACCGUACUGCCCCUAAGUUGACUGACAACUCUGACGAGCAAGACUGGUCUGAGCCUAAUUAUGAAGAUAUCAAGCGUGCUACUGCCCUUGACUUGCCAAUGGCCAUGCGAUAUCGUCAGUUGAAAGAGAACAAUUACAACAGGAAUGCUGUUGCAGUGUAUAGGUCUGGUAUCCACGGCCGUGGUCUGUAUUGUGCACGUAACAUAGCUGCUGGUGAGCUAGUGAUAGAAUACUCAGGCGAACUGAUCCGUACAACACUAACCGACAAACGAGAAAAGUACUACGAUAGCAAGGGCAUUGGCUGCUAUAUGUUUCGCAUUGACGGUAUCAAUGUAGUUGACGCUACUACGUCAGGAAAUGCUGCAAGGUUUAUUAACCAUUCAUGUGAGUGCAAUUGUUACUCGAAGAUUGUUGCUGUUGACGGAAAGAAGAAGAUCUUGAUAUUUGCUUCUCGAAGUAUUUCUCGUGGCGAGGAGCUUACAUAUGACUACAAGUUCCCUGUUGAAGACGUCAAGCUGCCAUGCCUCUGUAACUCUAAGAAAUGCAGAAAGUAUUUAAAUUGAGGAGAAGAUUACCUACAGCAGAUUAAUUUACAUUAAUUUUUGUGUGCCUCGCACACUGAGGAAGCUCAAUUUGUAUCCUUGUGAAAUCGAAGCUCUCAUUGCUAUCACUCAUGUAGCGACCAGCUCACUUGAUGUUUCGCUAAUUAAUUCUUAUAUGAUGGACAGUGUUUUUGAAAAGAGGCGCUACGAGGGACAUGAAUUUGAUUUCCACCGUACGAACUUAUGCUGUAAAUUUCCUACAAAUUGACCUUCUCUGCCGACUUUUUGAAUUGUAUUCAGAACGAAAGUGGAAUUCUUUGUUUUGCCUCCUUAUUUAUACAUGCAUCUUAUUCUCACGCGUUGGUGGAAAGCAUAUAUAGAAUUCUAUUCUGACGGUCUUUCGGAAUGGGACGGUCAUUGGUAGAGCUCAGUUAAUGAGAGUUAGAAUUGUUCCAAAUUCUGUAAUUUGGAUUUGCUCAACACAGGGUUUUUUGUAAGAUUUUUCCAGAAGUUUUGCUAAAUGUCAUAAUGUAAAUAACACACGAUAAAAAUGCUAAUGGUGAUUGCGCCUCAACUUUGUGGUCGCUCGUGAGAUCUUUGAAAACCUCAGGCUUUCCAGUGGUGGAACGAGAGAUUAGUACGAGGGUGAAUUUACCACACAAGAACACUCUACCCCCAUUCUUUACUGUAAUUCCCCUGUUUUUUCGUGGAUAAGUGGAAGUUCUAUUGAUCUAACACCCAACCUGUUGUCCGCGUUGAUAAGAUUACGAGAGCUUUCGCUAAUAACCGAAAUACUUGUAUAUUUUUUAGAAUGUGCCGAAGACAAAAUAUCGUGAUAAUAUAUAUUCUCUGAAAAAUUUGGAACGACCUUUAUUUAAUUUUUUUGUAAAAAAAAAACAACAACAAUAUGACAAGGGAGGGGAGGCCAACAAUAAUUUGCGAACAAUUUGUCAGGACAUCAACAUCUGGUUUACAGAUGAAAUGUGUUUUGAAUUAGCACAUAGAUAUUUGUAUCAUUUGUAUUUUAAUUGUCUUUAAUAACAUGAUAUUUGGCUGGUUCAGUAAGUUAUAACUCACCAGCUUUGAAGCGAUGAUAUAGACCAUUGCAAUGAUGUAUAAUAUAUUAUUCUCGAGAGGAAAUAUCGCUGUAAAUAUCCCGAGUGACUUCUAAUAAAUGAACUUUUUAUCUA